CGUGCGUAAACACUCUUGCAUUGCGAGUUGAUGCAGGCGGUGUGUGGACGAUCAAGAGCAGAAUCGAUGCGGGAAAUCAUAUUUAUUUUAAUUGUUAAAAAAUCUGGUUGACUUUUACUUUUAACUUUACUUUUAACAAGUUGCAAGUGCUAAGAAAAGAGCAUGACGGCGCUUCCGAGGGAGGUGUUCAAAUGGUUGCAGAGUCUUGAUCUCACAUUCCCCAUCAGAAAUAUUCGAAGAGAUUUCUCCAGCGGUUACAUUGUGGCCGAGAUCUUUUCCUGGUACUACCCCCAGGAUAUCCAGAUGCAUAAUUACGACAACUGCAGUGGACUGCCGGGCAAACUAGGAAACUGGUCACAACUCCAAACGUUUUUCAAGCGGCGGAACAUUGAGAUACCAGAGGAGUUGAUUGAAGGGACGCUGCACUGCAAGACAGAUGCUGCAGAGCUGCUUGCACAAUACCUGUACACAAAGCUCACCAACAGGAAAGUGAAAAGACUUGCCCUGGAUCACGACAUAGACUUUACAGACCACGCCUAUCAGCUGCAGCUACCGAUGCAUGCACGAUCUACAGCAUCCACAGCGGUCAAGAACAACCUGAAGAUCACGGAAUUCCUGACUGCGCCUAAUAUCAUCACCUGCCAACAAAAGGCCCAGGACAUCGUCCACAAACACAUACAGCACCGGCAGGAAGAGAGACUGGAAGAUCCCGAACAUUUUGACAUCAAGGCCACGAUUGGUCAGCGCUGCGUCCGGAGACCCCCGCCGGCCAAUACCUACACGGGAGAGGACAUGGGAUGGAAGGACCAAUCACGGGCCGCCAGCCGGAAACAAAACACCUCCACAAGGAAACCUAGCCCAGAGAUGCAGUCCCACGUCAAAUCCUCUUCCACCAGCAACGUUACCUUCAGAGAGAUCCGUGUCAGCCAGCUGGAUCAUACCUCCCAGCCGGCAUUACGCCCCGCUGCUAGUCUCUCCUCCAGUCCUGUACUUCCACCCAUCGGUAGCCAGUCAUGAUGACGUCUCAGCAUUACCAACACCACCACGUCUGUGGCUGUGGCUCUUUCUCAUACUGGGUCCAAUUUCAUAGUGCUGC